UGUCUCUAGCUUCAAACCCCUUCGUUUCAGAGACAACCCUUCAUAUUUGUAGAACCAUAGCUGAACCCCUUCGUAUUUGCAGAUUGAUUCAAGUAUUCAUAGAUCGAUUCAAGCCUCUUCUCUAGUUCGUGUUUGCGUUCGCGUUCGCAGCUCUUUCUUCAUAGUAAGUGUUAAUCAGUCUCAUCUCGAUCUUCUUACUGACGGAAUCUUUCGAUUCAAGUAUGCUAGGUUUGAUCUACUUUAUCAUUCUUAGAUCAGAUUGAAGAUCUAUUGAUUCGAUUCAAGUAUGAUUAAAAUGAUUUUUGUGCUUGGAGAACUUGGUGGCCGAGAUGAGUAUUCCCUAGUGGAAGCCCUGAAACAGGGGAAAAUCAGUAAACCUGUGGUUGCUUGGGUCAGUGGAACUUGUGCACGUCUCUUCAAGUCAGAAGUACAAUUUGGUCAUGCGGGAGCCAAAAGUGGUGGUGAGAUGGAGUCUGCACAAGCCAAGAAUCAAGCACUUCACGAUGCUGGAGCUGUUGUCCCAACUUCAUUUGAAGCAUUUGAAACUGUGAUUAAAAAAACAUUUGAGAAGCUGGUAAGCUGUUGCACAUCUCAUACCCAUUACUACCAUUAUGUAGGCAUUCCUCACUACCACCAGUUUUAG